CUUUACUUUUUUGGUAAUAAAAGAAAACUUCAUUUCAUCUCCACACACAAAUCCGAAUCCAUUUUUUUCGUUUUAAAAAGAAGGAAGAAAAAAAAAUUCUUUCAAUCAAAAUGAUCCAAUUUCAAUGAACUUUUCGACUUCUUUUUUCGAUAUCGAGAAAUAUUAUUUAUUUGUGCCGAUCUUACAUUCGAAUUUUAAUUGAAUAACCGGAGAAAUUAUGAGUGAAUUAAAUUCUCAUGUGUGCUUCGAUGCUCUGGCUACACUACAAAAUAUUCAGAAUAUCGAACAUUGCUGUAAUUUUUGUGGCGGUUCUCAUACAAUUCAAGAUUGUCCGGAAUUAUCCAAAGGAGAACAUAUUUUUGACAACUGCCUGCAAGACUUAUCAAGAUCAUCCGUUCCCAGCGGACUGCACGUAAUCGAACAUAAUGUGCCAUGUGUCAUCACUUCGCAAAAAUUCGCAAAGGGUUCACGAUUCGGACCGUUGCUGGCGAAAAAAUCCUAUAUUCCCAUCGAGAAUCUACGAUUUCCUCUCAUCAUAUUCGGCAACAUCAUACCCGAUCUGAACAUACCGGAAUUGGAGGAAUUGUUCAAAGUCAGAAAUGUUUACUUGGACACGACCAACGAAAAUGAAUGCAAUUGGAUGGUGCAUGUGAAUCCAGCCGAGUAUCUAAAUGAACAGAAUCUAAUAGCCUAUCAGGAGGAUAAUCAGAUCUAUUUCACUGCCAUCCAUGACAUUGAAGUCGGAGACAUUUUAAAGGUAUGGUAUGCGCCGAGUUACGCAGCCAAAAUGUGCAUACCACUUCUGCAGCCGAGUCAAUACGAAAUUGUGAACAACAUUUUGCGGCAAGUUUCGAUCGAUCACAGCAGCUUGAAAGUGGAACCGGAUGAUGAAUCAUUCAACUGCGAGCCAGUGUAUUACAAUAACAUCCAUCACAGUACGGACGUCUCACUACCGCCGAUUCAAAGUAUAUUCACUGCACAAGGAACAUUUCCGAAGACGGAAUAUCUAACACCAGAUCUUCACACGUACAACAAUCAUUUGGAUAUUGCUUACGAUCCGGCGACCAUCCAUUCGGACGUAUUGGAUAUAUCAAUGACAAAUUCCGACGUGCAUGAAUCCUUCAACACAACGCCAACGCAUUCAACCGAAUUCAAUAACAACAUUGAAAUGAAACCAUUGGAUGUCAGUGAACCGGCUGGUGGUGAAGCAAAGAUAAAGAAAGACACGCAAACCAAAAAGAAAAAUUAUCAAUGCCAAUUCUGCGACAAAAGCUACGCCACGAUGACAAACAUCUACAAACAUAUGCGGACACACGAUCUGUACUUGUGCAGCCUGUGCAUGAGAACUUUUCAUGAGGAAAGCGAAAUCAAGCAGCAUAAUUGCGGCACGACUGGCAUCAAGAAGCCACAGUGUAUGGUUUGCUUUAAAUAUCUGUCGAAUGCUUGGUCGCUGACACGACACAUGAAAAUUCAUCCGAAAAUGCGUGGAAAUGAGUGCAAUAAAAAUCCAGCGAUUCCAUCCUUGGAGGCUGAAUUGUUCGAACAAAGUUCGUUGCUGAGCGACGACGUGACAAACGAGUUGGGAUCAAUUAUGGAAAGUGCCGACGACGAUUAUUCCAAUCCGAAAGUGAAUAAACGUUUUCAGUGUAUCGUCUGCUUGAAAAAGUUCAAAAACUACGAACUACUGCAGAAGCACCUGAAGGAUGUGCACACAGUGAAAACUUUUAAAAUCAAAAAAAGUACGGCAGGCACGGACGCCGAAACAACGACAUCGUCGCCAAACAAAUCCAGCAAUGCCGAUACCAAUUCGCACAGUAGUCUGCCCGUUAAGCAAAGCAUUGCUAUUGCAUUGGCGUCAAAGUUAAACAAGAAAAACACAACAUCGCAUUCGGGCAACGAUGUCGAAUUGCCGCGAUUAAUUCCAAUAGCUUCAGAACCGACAGGCGAUCCAUUUAAGGAGCAAUUUAUCAGCGAAUCUCUGCAUCCGGUUCUGGCUUCACUGGAUGGCGACCAUUUUAUGCCGAACAGCGAUUUAUUGUUGGACACUUCGAAUAUUGUGGAAGAUGUGGAAGAGAGCAUUUUGGCUAGUGCAGUGCCUCGACCGAACGUCAAACAUCAGUGUAACGUGUGCAAUAAAAUGUUCAACAAGACCAAUCAGCUGAAACGGCACAAAGAGACCCACGAGAAUAUCAUCUACAUUUGUCCAUUCUGUGACAAUAAAAGUGUAAAAACGAAAAAGACUAUACUGAAGCAUUUAAAAACCAGUCAUCCGGAGCAUCAAAGCGAUGCUUGGAACAGCACCGAUUUCAUCAAUAGCCUGGCCAUGCGAAACUAUACCGAUCUGAAUGCAACCGCAACAACAAAAUCAAAACCAAUCGACCAUUCACCACUAUCGAUCGACGAUCAACAGCACGAUAGUGGAAUGUCGUCACCGCAAAUCAAAUAUGAAGACGAUCAUUUACUGAACAAUAAAAUCAAUUUAAAUAAUGCCACCAACAAAUUGGAACGAUCAAAUAAGCUAUCAAAUAAGCUGGUAAAUGAAUGUGAUUCGAAAAGUGCCAAAGAUUCAAAAUUAAAUUUAGUUUUAAGUAAGAAGAAUAACAUAGAAUUAAUGAAGGACAUAUACCACGCAAAGAAUACGAAUUUCGUUAACCAUGACGAUAUAUCGAAAAAUCAUCAUUUCGGUGAUCGGAAUAUUGUCGACGGACAAUUUACGAUAAGUAAUUGUAACAGUGAAACAACAUCAAAACUAACCAAAAUUGGUAUAAGUUAAUUUUAUUCGAAAAAUUUCUUUUUUUUUAUUUUAUUUUCAAUUUAUUUUUACAAAAAAUCAAAUUUUUUUUUUCAUUGUUUUUGUCGCGCACAUGUUAUAUAUUCUCUGCUACAAGCGAAUCGAUAUUAUACUGUAAGUUUUUGGUUAAAAUAAUUUAUUUCUAUCACACACAGGAACAAAGAAAAAGAGAGAAUAAACUCGUUCAGUCAGCCAUU